UUGUCGAGUGCAUUUCAAUACCCAAAGAGUUCUGAGAACCAAAAUGAUGGGAAAAGCUACCUAUCUGUUGUGCCUGUGCCUGGCCAGCGCCGUUUGGGCCAUUGAAUUGCAGCCGGAGCCGGACUACGGACCAGUGGCCUACGAGUUCCAGUGGUCGGUGAACGAUCCCCACACCGGCGACAUCAAGAGCCAGAAGGAGACGCGCAAGGACGACAAGGUCGAGGGUGUCUACGAGCUGAUCGACUCCGAUGGCUAUCGUCGCAUUGUCCAGUACAAGGCCGAUGAUCACAACGGCUUCGAGGCGAUUGUCCAGCGGGAGCCGACGGACAUCAAGAUUCCGCUGCCUGAGCCGCCCAAGAAGUUGCUGGCCGCCAAGAUCCUGACUCCUGUGCUGCCGGUGGCUCCUCUGGUUCACUAUGCUGCCCCCAAGGCUAUCAUCAAGCAGGAGUUGUCCUCCGGAAACUACGUCUCUGUUUCCGGACCCACAGCUCAGUACAAGUACUGAGUAAUGAAUACUAAGAGAAGAUUGCAGCCAUUGACUUUUACCAGCCCAUUUAGGAUGCCCGACUCGACCCGGGAUACUCACUGCCAUACAUCGUAAUUUAAUAUCGCUUAGACCAUUAAUUGUACAUACAAUCAGCAUACAUUUAACUAACUAU